CCAGGCUAAUGUUCUCCUAACAGCAAAUCCUCAAGGAGACAUCGUAACGACUUGAGGUGCGCACAGCGUCUCCUAAAAACAUUCAAGAAUCCUCUGAGGGUUUUAAGAAACCACUGUUACAUGGCACACAUUUGGAUCAUGACCGUCACCUGGUCUUGGAGGAGGAUCCAGAGGGAGUUUUCCAGGACAGUAAGCAUCACAGUAAGGCAAACAGAUUAGAGGUGCAAUGCCGUCAUCAUACAGAGGUAAACAGAGACCAUCCCAGCCCCACGCAGCCUGAGUAUCAACAUCCACAACUCGACCAAGAAUAUGAAAAUGGAACCAGCCAUUUGCUACAUCUGCCAUGAUAAACGCCGAAUUGCAGACACUGAUACAUCAGAGACAAGGAUUGGCAACAAUCCUGAUGCAGAAACUCUCAAAGAAAUUUUGCUUAGGGCUCUUACCUUAGGCUAUGUAGAAGAUAGUGCCAAUGAACACAAUCAGUCAAAAUUCAGCAGUGGAGUAUGCAUCGUUUCUUUAAGUUCUCGAUAUGAUGGUGGACUUGAGGCUGCAAGUGAAAAAGUUUUAUGUGAUAGUGUCAUUAUAUGUAGAAGGUGUGAGUCACUUUUGAGAGAUUUUGAAUAUCAUGAAAGAACUUCAGCCAAAAUAGCUGAGAAAAUUAGAAGAUUUUUAACAAGACAGGAAAUAAGUGAUAAAGAGGAACUAAACAAAACUCCAAAGGUUGAACAAACUGCUUUUAGGACAUCAGUUGUAAACAAUUUAGAUGAGAGACAGGGUAUACUGGCAGCCUUCAGAGCCUUAAGAAACUCUGGUGUGACAGGAGUACAGAAAAAGGUAAGGAAACCAAAGAAAGAUAUUGUUCCUACCUUAGUAACAAAUGAAGGUGAAGAGGAUGAAGUUGCUCAAAAUAUAGAGAAGGCUUUUGCAAAAGAAAUAAUAAAUGAGAAAAAGAGAUUGCAAAAUAUGGCAUCAUCCAGGUCUAGCAAGAGAAUUCAAAGACGACGAGAAGAUGGUUUAGUUAUUAAAUGGGGAGAGGCUGUGCCCGAAAUGGAAAAUACUUCUUUCGAACCAAACCUAGAAGCUGAUGAUAUUUUUGAAGACUAUGGUGAAAAGUGGUCAAAACAUGAAUCGCAACCACGGAAAAAGAGAGGUAGAAAACCGGGUCGGCAUCAAAUGUUAAGGUUUGCCAAACGUGUUGACAAUGAUUUAAGUCAUCAGUCACAGGAUCGAUCGGGUUUGAAAUAUCAGUGUCCAUUUUGCCACAGGUAUUAUAUUCCCUCCAACUCUCGAAUACAUAACUGUACAUCAUACAAAAACCAGCUGAGGUGUCCUCUCUGUAAUAUAUUCUUCACUUCGUAUGUUAGACUUGAAAAGCAUCUUGAAGUGAUACACUUGAAACAGAAACAGCUUGAAUGCCCAGAGGAAAAUUGUUUGUUUGUGUGUGUUUCAGAACCUGCUUUUGUGUUACAUAAGCAUUUUCAUUUUCUUGCGGCCCAUGAAAUUGACAGUAAUGACGAAGUGGCAUAUGUAGGUGGUAGCAUGACUGAAUCAGACACAGAACACCCUAAGGUUGCAGAUGCACACGACCAGAAAGCUGGUGAAGUCACAAUAAUGGAUGAUAUUCAGGGUAUUGUUACAUCCCCUGAUAUUGCUGACCAAGUAUCAUUUUUGCUUGAUGAAAAAAGUUUUCUCACUAAUGGUCAACCAAUUAACAUAACUACUGAUCAGAAAGGUACGAGAGACAUAAAUCAGAAAAGCACAUUGCAGGCUGAGAGCAGCAUAAAAGAAGAAGGAAGAACAAAAAAACGUGAAAUGAAAAUAUUUCAACAAGAAACUACCCCAGUCAAGUCAGAAUCAGCAUAUAAGCUAGUAAAGAAAGAGUUUCUGUGCCCUUUUUGUGAUAUGAAGUUUGAAUACCAAAAAACUUUUCAGGACCAUGUAAUAGAAAUCCAUAAAUUACUUGUUAAAGGAAGAGCCGAUGCAGGUAUUGGCGGAAGCAAGAAGGAAAGUGCAAGAGAAUCGGCAAUUAAUAAAGUAUGCAAAGUUAAUGAAAAUCUAAAAAAAAACUUCAACAUAACACCAGAGGAUCUGACAUACACAGUAGAAAGGCUCAAGGAAAAAUUAAGCAAGUCUUAGAUACAUGUGAUUCAGUCGAGAAAUCAGACGGUUAUAUAUAUAAAAACAUGAAUAACUCGGUGUGUUUAUGGGAUGUAAUGCAUUUUGAACAUGAGGAAGCAAAUAACGAGAGCAGUGAGGUAGAAGAGAAUGGGGACUUACUGAAGAGGAGUAAACGAAAUACAAAAAGACUUUACAAAUGCAUGAAAU